AUGGGGUUUAAUUUAUUUAAAUUGUGUAUGCUGCUGUGGGCAAGUACAGCAGCAUCACCACAGUAUAGAGACGAGAAUGCAUUCGACAGAAAAGCUGUGGAAGGUGUCCCCGAACAUGAACCAAUUGCGACCCCUAUUAGGGCUUCAGUAGAGAGUGUCCCGUUGAGAAACCUCCCGGAUGAUAGUGAUGGCCGUCUACCGUUACGAGAUGCUGUAGAGAAGUUACCAAUUCCAGUGUUGGACCAGGAAUCCCUUAUCAAAUUAGUAGGGAAAUCUCAUAUGUCCUUAAAAGACGUCGAAGACUUCAGAAAAUAUUACGGAGCCGCAAGUCAUUUAAACAAUGUCUCUCGUACGGAUGAAAGGUUGCAUUUGGGAAACGCAAAUCUUCAAGAGAUGCAACAAACUGUGAGCGGUUCAAAUCACCGGCGUAUGAUCGUGUGCUACUUGGAGUCUUGGGCUGCUUAUAGGGCGCCGCCCUUGGCAUUCACAGCCGGGCUUGUACCUAAGUCAUGUACACAUUUGCACUACGCUUUUGCUGUUCUACACCCACAUACAUACAACGUUAUGUCGGCAAAUGAAGAUUAUGAUAUUAUUAAGGGAGGUUAUAGAAUAGCUACUGGAUUGAAAAAGCGUAUCCCUGGUCUCCGAGUGCUCGUCAGUGUAGGAGGAGAAGGAACAGGAAGGCUCUUCAGCGAAAUGGUCCAAAUGCCAUACCGUCGUAACUCAUUCAUUGAUAGUGCAGUCAACUUUUUGCGAGAACACGAUUUUGAUGGUCUUGACUUACAUUGGGUAUAUUCAGGUGAUAAAGAUGAUAAAGAGAAAGAUCUAUUGACAACUUUGUUAUAUGAGUUGCGUGAGAAGUUUUCGUCUUAUGGAUUGUUGCUCUCAACCGUAUUACCACCAUUUAGGUAUCAAAUAGAAGAUGGCUAUGACCUUAGCGCAGUGAGUGGUGCGACGGAUUACACGAUUCUUCAGGCGUGGGAUAUGACUCAUGGGAAAAAAGAUGAACCUCCAACAAGGGCUGUGCAGCACAGUGCCCUUCACAGGGACCCUGGAGCGACUGCUAGGGACCAACGAUAUGACAACGUGGAAUUUAUGGUGAAAUACAUUUUGCGUCAUGGUAUGGCAGCAGAGAAGCUGGUCUUGGGUGUACCACUUUUCGGACGCAGUUACACGUUGGCAGCUUCUACCUUACCAGCUCCUGGCGCAGCCGUUAGUGACUGGGGAGACGAGGGAAUAUACACACAAACAAAAGGAACGCUUGCGUACUUUGAGAUAUGUAUGACUGAACGUGAUGGUAAAGGCUCCAGUGGCGUCGAUGAAGAUGGAAACGCGUUCGCCGUCUUUGACAACCAAUGGAUCAGCUUUGACACACCGAAUACUAUUAUGGAGAAGAUGAAUUUCAUAACGGAAGCUGGUCUUGCGGGGGCAGCAGCGUGGGCUGUUGACAUGGAUGACUUUAGAGGACUCUGUGGCGCUCCUUUCCCAUUGCUGAGCGCUAUUUCUAUAACACUUAAUGGCGAAUCAACACAUACGGACCAAUCAUCGCUUAAAGUAGGAUCUUGUGAAGCGAUCAACCCUUACUUGGCAUCAGAUGAGGAAUCGUGCGCACACUUCCAUUUCUGUACCGGUGGCAUCAGUUAUAGAAUGAUCUGUGAGGACGACCGGCUUUACGAUCCAUCAACUGGUUUCUGUGGACAUCAAGACGUAGCCAAGUGCAUCCCAGGACAGAGUCUGAGAAUAAGCGUAGAAGACGCAGCAAGAUUCUUACCUAUCGCUUACGAAAAUGACUUUGAAUGGAACACCUCUCCAGAAAGAGCGAAACCCAUCCAUAACGCAUAUACAGCUUUAGCAGACUUUAAAAAGAACAAAGAAAAUGACAAGAAGGUUCUAUGCUACAUAACCAGCUGGGCAUUCUACAGACGUGGAGAUGGAAAAUUCUUACCCGAACACAUUGAUACGCGGCUUUGUACGCACGUCGUGUACGCGUACGCAUCUUUGAGCCCCGACGAGCUCAUUGCUAAACAAUUCGACCCGUGGGCUGAUGUAACAAAUAAUCUAUAUGAAAGAGUAACAUCAUUGGGCGAUGUAAAUGUAUUACUUGGACUCGGAGGAUGGACAGAUUCCUCUGGCGACAAAUAUUCACGUUUAGUAUCGUCACCAGUUAAUCGCGCAAGAUUUAUAGAAAAACUCAUUCCAUUCCUGCGAAUGCAUAACUUCAAGGGCCUACAUUUGGAUUGGAACUAUCCAGUUUGUUGGCAAAGCAACUGCAAAAAGGGUGCCGUAUCUGAUAAACCGAACUUUGCUAAGUUUGUUCAGGAACUAUCCAAAGCCUUACAUGACGCGAGAAUGGAACUGGGUAUAGCUGUUUCUGGCUACAAGGAAGUCAUAGAGUCUGCGUACGACCUGCCUACAAUAUCAAAAGCGGUAGACUUUAUGAGCACAAUGACAUAUGACUAUCAUGGAGGAUGGGAGAAAUCCACUGCUCAUCAUACACCCUUGGUGCCUUUGAAGAAGGAUGCGUUAGCUUAUUACUCUGUGGAAUACGCUGUCAAAGCUCUGAUAAGUAAAGGAGCAGACCCCAAGAAAUUACUUCUGGGUUUAGCUUUCUAUGGUCAAUCGUACCGUUUAUCAGAAACGGUCGGUUCUAGAGGUCCAGGUACUUCAGCGGCUGGACCUGGAGAUUCUGGGGAGUUCACUAAGCAACCGGGGAUGCUGUCAUAUUACGAAAUAUGUUACAGAGUGAAGAACUUGAGAUGGAAAACAGGCCGUCAAGAAAAGGCCGGGCCCUACGCUUACUCCGACAAUCAGUGGGUUGGAUAUGAUGACCCUAAAUCAAUCACUGAAAAGGUGGAAUGGGCGCUACGCCAAGGUAUGGGCGGUGUAACAGCCUGGGCAAUAGACUUGGAUGACUUCAACAACCGAUGUUGCAAUGAGCCAUCGCCAUUGCUGCGGGCUGCUGGGCGGGCUUUGGGCAGAACCGUUCCUUCGCCACCGACAUCUCCUUGCGAGCGUCCACCUGAACCUGUUACUCCGGCACCGCCUAUUACCACUCCAGUGGAAUCUGAUGGGGCCAUAUCCGGUGGAGGUAGUGGUGGUGACCACAACCAUGACCAUGGUAGCCACACCUCAACCACUUGGCCAAGUUGGUCACCAUCAACUACACAAAGUACCACACAAACAUGGUGGCCACCAGCUACUACCACUCAGAUUACAACUACAACCACUACAACACAACGACCUUCUACAACCCAAAGACCUACUACAACAACUACUAGACGAACGACAACCUCUCCAACUACAACUACAACCGCUCAGAAACCAUCAAAUAUAGAUACAGAUGAUGAAGGAUCAGCAUGUGAAGCGGGUGAAUACAAAGCUGCACCGGGUGACUGUGAAGCGUAUCUUCAGUGUGCAGGAGGCCAAUGGCGAAAGAACCGCUGUGCUCCUGGCUUGCAUUGGUCUACUAAAGCCAAUAGAUGUGAUUGGCCAUCCUUCGCAAAGUGCACGUCGCAACCAGCCAGCGAGCCAACCACAACAACAACGUUAGCUCCAUCUACAACAUCUCGACCGCCUCCAACAACUACUACUAGGCGAACCACUACAACUAGAACCACAAAAACCACUAGCACAACAACUACGACUACGGCUAGGACAACAUUAGCAGAUGAAUAUCCUGAGACGUCCGAAGGGAAACCAUGUGGUAAUCAAGAUUAUAUGGGAUCAGAAGAUGACUGCAACUCGUACUUGCAUUGUGACGGGUCAGUUUGGAGGCGGCAACGAUGUGCACCUGGGCUUCACUGGAGUGCUGAUAAGAAACAUUGUGACUGGCCUAAAUAUGCCAAAUGUGAAAUUAAAUCUGGAACUCAAAAAACUACGACUACACCUAAACCAACGCGACCUCCAACCAACAGACCAACUACACCAAGCGCUAACAAAGCGAGAGAAGAUGGCCCUUGUGGUGGAAACGACGUGCACACAGCAGCCUCUACUUGUGAUUCAUACUUGUUGUGUGUGGGAGGCAAAUGGCGUCGCCAGUUAUGUCCACCGGGCUUACACUGGGAUAACCGAUCUAAACGAUGUGAUUGGGCUGAAUUUGCUAUGUGCGAAGCUAGCAGAGUUACAUCGAAACCGCCGUACCAAAUGAUCGUCUCGACAACAUCAACCAGAAGACCAACAAAACCAACGAGAAGACCAACAACAACAACCAGACGCCCUACAACAACACGUGCAUCGACAACAACAAGACGAUCCUUCACGCAAAAUGAACAAUAUCAAAAACCCCCGCGUUGCCGUACCGGCACAUACCACCCCCACCCGCGCUGCGAGAAAUUCUACGUUUGCGUAAAUGGUGUAUUGGUUGCUCAAAGCUGCGCCCCAGGCCUUGUGUGGAGACACGAGCGCUCCCAAUGCGACUUCCCCACACAAUCGUCGUGUACUGACAGAAGGCAGGUCUUUCCAGGUGUAUCAGAUACUAAGCCAAGUGCUAGUUUACAGGUGGAUGAACAACCUGCUUCCUGCGAAAAUGGCCAAUACGCAGUGAACCCAUCGGACUGUUCACGUUACAUGCAUUGUUUGUUUGGCAAAUACGAAGAAUUCGCUUGCAGUCCAGGAUUACACUGGAAUCAGGAUAAACAAAUAUGUGACUGGCCUCAAAAUGCCAAGUGCACGGUCCAAACAGUAACAACGACUACAAGCGCGCCGGCUCUCUCUGAAGAAGAUAUCGAGGUGGUCCCAUCCAAGCCCAUACAAUUGCCAUCUGUAGAAAUCGUGGACGAAGCUUCGCGUCCACCACUUCGCAACAGUCGUUUUAAAUUGGUUUGUUACUACACGAACUGGUCGUGGUACCGUCCCGGUUUGGGCAAAUUUACACCGGAAGAUAUCGAUCCGUCGCUCUGUACUCACAUUGUGUAUGGCUUUGCUGUUCUAAGUGAUGAUGGACUCAUGGUUGCACACGACCCGUGGGCAGACAAUCAAAAUAAAUUCUAUGAACGUAUUGUGCAGUUCAAAAAAUAUGGUACAAAAGUAUCAAUAGCUAUUGGUGGAUGGAAGGACUCCGCCGGCGAUAAAUACUCCAAGUUAGUAAAUAACCCUGCUGCGAGGAGACGCUUUGUGAAAAAUACCCUGGAUUUCAUUGAGAAGUAUGGAUUUGAUGGACUUGAUUUGGACUGGGAAUAUCCUAAGUGCUGGCAGGUGGACUGUUCUAAAGGCCCAGACUCCGACAAGGAAUCCUUCGGCGAAUUAGUUCGAGAACUGUCAGCCGUUUUGAAACCCAAGGGACUACUCCUAUCUUCUGCGGUAUCCCCAAGCAAAAUGGUGAUAGAUGCGGGCUAUGACGUUCCCGUGUUAGCGAAAUAUCUAGAUUGGAUUGCUGUUAUGACGUACGACUAUCAUGGACAAUGGGAUAAGAAGACUGGUCACGUGGCUCCACUUUACUACCACCCUGAUGAUGAUAACACUUAUUUCAAUGCAAACUACACAAUGCACUACUGGAUUGAGAAAGGCACUCCUGCUAACAAAUUAGUUAUGGGAAUGCCAUUGUACGGUCAAACAUUUAAGACUAUGUCGCGUUGGAAUAACAGAGGAGCGAGUAGUUUGAACUCACCAGCUCUUGCAGGAGGAGAUGCGGGAGAAUACACUAGAGCAAGCGGCUUCCUGGCUUAUUAUGAGAUUUGCGACAGAAUCAAAAAUCAUAACUGGGUAGUCGUUAAGGAUCCUUACAAACGAAUGGUUAACUUCAUUAAAUCGUUGGGUCUCGGCGGUGGUAUGGUGUGGGCUCUGGACCUUGAUGACUUCCAGAAUAGAUGCAACCAAGGCAAAUAUCCUCUUAUGAAUGCUAUAAAGGAGACGUUCCUUAACCCUAAAAUUGAGUCCGACACAUUUCUUCCUCCACCUUUACCCGAACCAGAAAAUAAUAUCGAUGAAGAUCUUGACGACAUCGAAGUAAUACCUAGUUACAAUAAACCUACAAGUCGGCCAACUAGUCGACCAACUAGUCAACUGACAAGUCCUGCAACCAGUCGGCCAACUCAAGUUACUCAAAGCACCUCUCCAGUAAUAAUUAUGGACGAAAUGGAACAACAAAAAGUUGUGUGCUACUACACAAAUUGGGCUUGGUACAGACCUGGCUCCGGAAAGUUCGUUCCAAGUGACAUAGACCCAUCGCUGUGUACCCACAUCAUUUACGCUUUCGCAGUCCUUGACAGCUCCAGACUUGUUCUCAAACCUCACGAUAAUUGGUUGGAUGUUGAAAAUAAGUUCUAUGAAAAGGUAAUAGCUUUGAAGAAACAAGGCGUCCGUGUACUACUAGGAUUGGGAGGAUGGAACGACUCUGCUGGAGACAAGUACUCACGUCUCGUGAACAAUCCUGGCGCAAGGAGGAAGUUCGUUGUCCACGCCCUUGACUUCAUCGAACAAUACGAAUUUGACGGUCUGGACCUUGAUUGGGAAUAUCCUAAGUGUUGGCAAGUAGAGUGUGAAAAGGGACCUAGCUCGGAUAAGCAAGGAUUCGCUGAAUUGGUAAAGGAAUUACGCGUUGCCUUCGUUCGAAAGGGUCUCUUGCUAUCAGCUGCAGUGUCUGCUAGCAAACGCGUUAUUGAUUAUGCAUACGACGUCCCAACACUGGCGAAGAACUUGGAUUGGAUAUCGCUAAUGACAUACGAUUACCACGGGCAAUGGGACAAGAAAACUGGACACGUCGCACCUAUGUAUGCAUCCGAUGACGACGCGGAUAAAACCUUUAAUGUGAACUUCACAGUGAGCUACUGGAUAAACAAAGGCGCUCCCAAAAGCAAAUUGAUAAUGGGUUUCCCAUUCUACGGUCAGAGUUUCGCUUUGAUGGAGAAUGCUGGAAAUAGUUUAGGCGCACCGUCGUACGCUGGCGGGGAAGCUGGAGACGAAACCAGGGCUAGAGGUUUCCUGUCUUUCUAUGAGAUUUGUGAACGCAUUCGAGUCCAAGGCUGGCGGGUCCGCCGGGACCCCGGAGGUCGUAUGGGACCUUACGCCACAUUACACGACCAAUGGGUCUCCUUUGACGACGAUUUUAUGAUUCGUCAUAAAGCUGAAUAUGUCCGCGCCAUGGACUUAGGAGGGGCCAUGAUUUGGGCCCUGGAUUUAGAUGAUUUUACGGGCAAAUAUUGCGGAUGUGGGAAAUAUCCUUUGCUUACAACCAUCAACCAUGUUUUAAGAGGGCAUGAUGCUCCAACUAGAUGUGGACUAGAAGAAAUUGAAAUUCCACCGAGCAUGGAAGCUACGACAGCACUUCAGCCUGUGCAAACUACAAGUCCUCCUUUAGCUGAUACAGAAAUAGACACUGAUAUUGAGGUAACUUCAAUAGAAGGAUCGUCGUGUACGAGUGGGUUCCGCGCAGACGCAGUCGAUUGUACUAAGUACUACUUAUGUAUUGGAGGUCGUUAUAUGCAGCUUGCUUGUCCGCCACCAUUAGUAUGGAACCAGAAUCAUUGUGAUUGGGCAGCAAAGUCAAAUUGCAAGAACAAAGCUAAUUUAAAACUGAGUUCGGAUCAAGACGUGAUAAUGACUGAGAAGCCCAUCAUCGCGUGUUACUUCACUAAUUGGGCAUAUUACAGGAAGGAUGAAGGCAGCUUUGGACCUCAGCAAGUAGACCCGUCAUUGUGCACACACCUUAUUUACUCAUGGGCUCACCUUGACAACAAUUUCACCCUCUCAGCUGGAAAUCCAGAGCUGGAUAUUGUUAAUGAUUUCUAUGGCAAAAUUACGGAAUACAAACUAAUGGGUAUAAAGGUUAUUUUGGGAGUGGGUGGUAUUGAAAAUUCGGAAGGAAAUACUUGGAGUGAAAUGGUGUCUAAAUCUGACCACAGGAAAAUAUUUGUAAAAUCCGCGCUGAAAUUCAUACAAAAGUGGAAUUUCGAUGGACUACAACUCGCGUGGCAGUAUCCUGUAUGUAAACAAGUUCCAUGCUCAAACAACAAGGUGGAAGAAAAGGAGAACUUCAGUCUUCUCUUGACUCUUCUCUCAAAGGCAUUCCAGCGUCAUAACCUGGAGGUCUCCGCUAUGGUUUCCCCUCAUCCACAAAUAGCAGCGCUGGCUUACGACCCUGAAACUCUUUCUACUCUAGACUGGAUUAGCAUAGCAGCUAACGAUUACUAUAGCACGAAUGAGAAGACCACUUAUCUGUUGCCACUUGAGAAGACUGAACUAAAUGAAAUGGAUAACUUUCAAUCAAUAAUACAAUACUGGAAAAGUAUAGUUCCAAGUAACCGGUUAGUGUUAAGCGUACCGGCAUAUGGCCGUUCAUACACCCUGCGCUCUGAGACGAAUGCUGUCCCCGGGGCAUUGGCCAUUGCGCCUGGCGAACCCGGGGAAAGUACUCAAGUUCCCGGAUUCCUCGCAUAUAAUGAGAUAUGCAAAGGAAAAUUAGAUAACUGGAAGAUCUCAGCUAGUCCGUCAGGAACGUAUGUGGUCUCCGGUUCCCAAUGGGUCACUUACUUGAGGCCCGAAGAGGUCCAUCGAAUGUCUGCCUCCAUUGCCCUUGAGGGACUCAGAGGCGCUGCGUUAUGGGCGAUGGACCUUGACGAUUGGACUGGGUCCUGUGCUUGCAGGCCUUGGCCCAUACUUACGGCUUUACGCCAGGGACUUUUGGAACCAACUUUACCGCCUGUCAUUUGUCUUUAG